AUGACAGUCCCAACCCAGACAGCCGUUCAAACAAGGAGUCCCGACCUGCUGACAGAUCGAGAGGUGGUUCCCAGGAUUAGGCAAAUGCGACCCACAUAUGCAUUGACUCGGCUUACAGACUGGCCUCCGCCGGGCGUCUUAAUCGCGCUGCCAAAGAAUGAAAAAGGGUGUUCAAGUAUUUUUAAAAUCUGUGUGCUCUUAACAGUAGAUGAAUCUGAGCUUCUCACUGUUCCUGAUGGAUGGAAAGAGCCACCCUUCACAAGAGAAGAUAAUCCUAAAGGACUUCUGGAAGAAAGCAGCUUUGCCACACUCUUCCCAAAAUACAGAGAAGCUUACUUGAAAGAAUGUUGGCCGUUGGUCCAGAAAACAUUGAAUGAACAUCAUAUAAAUGCAGCUUUAGAUUUAAUUGAAGGAAGCAUGACUGUCAGCACAACAAAGAAGACCUUCGACCCAUAUAUAAUCAUCAGAGCCAGAGAUUUAAUAAAGCUUUUAGCAAGAAGUGUUCCAUUUGAACAGGCUAUACGUAUUCUUGAAGAUGACACUGCAUGUGACAUCAUUAAAAUAGGCACCCUGGUGAGAAACAGGGAUAGGUUUAUAAAAAGAAGACAAAGGCUUAUUGGUCCCAAUGGUUCUACUCUCAAGGCUCUGGAACUCUUAACAAACUGUUACAUUAUGGUUCAAGGGAACACUGUAUCAGCUCUUGGUCCUUAUGGUGGCUUAAAAGAGGUUAGAAAAGUUGUUCUGGAUACAAUGAAGAAUAUUCACCCUAUAUAUAACAUCAAGACGCUGAUGAUUAAGAGGGAGUUGCUAAAAGAUCCAGAAUUAAGAAAGCAGAGCUGGGACCGGUUUUUGCCUAAAUUCAAACACAAGAAUUUGAACAAACGGAAGGAACCAAAGAAAAAAACUGUGAAGAAAGAAUAUACUCCCUUCCCACCUCCACAACCAGAGAGUCAGAUUGAUAAAGAGCUGGCAAGUGGUGAAUACUUCUUGAAAGAAAGUCAAAAGAAGCGUAAGAGAGUAGAGGAGAUAAAGGCAAAACAAGCAGAAGCAAUUAGUAGGAGACAAGAAGAAAGAAACAAAGCUUUUAUUCCACCUAAGGAAAAGCCAGUUAUAAAACCAAAGAAGGUUUCUGCUGCAACAAAAAUUGAUCUGGAGGCUAUUAAGAAAAAGGUGAAAACGGCAAAGAAGAAGAAGUUGGGAGCACUUCCUGUUGAGGAAGUUAAAUUAAAAAUUGCAGCAGAUGAAAAGAAGAAGAAAAAGAAAUGAUUUUUAAAGAGCGUAGCCUUUUCCAUGGU